UGGGUACCUGCGCGGUUCAGUCCCGGAUAUUAAAAAUUACUGACUAGUAAUUACACACAUCCAUACAAACCUCCGCGGCUCCAUCCGGACAUCCCAUUUUAAUCCAUUUUAUCUCCUCUUAAAUAAAACUCACCCUCAUUCACCCCCUCUGUGGUCACACGCUCUUUUUUUCCCGCAAACCACAGGGACUUUGUCGUUCAGUUGUUUUUGCUUUUCAGUUUGAUUUCGAUCCCUCCGUUGCUACGUCUCCUUCAUUCCUUCGGAGAAGCAUCCCUUAGUCCCCCUCCCCCUGCGGUUCUGAUUUACCUUCGAACACGUUGGUUGUCCUGGCGCAUUGACGCUCCCAUCGCGCACUCGGCUUUUCCAAGCCCUCCGCGCCAAAAGACUGCCCGCUGACAAUGUAUUUCCUGUUCCAGGCCCGCGGAUUUCAUUGAUUGGUUCGUUAUCGCAUACUUCUGCUGCGCUUGUUCGACUAGAGGGGCUGGUAUUCAUUCUUUUGCUGUCGCGUGGUUCCAGUAAGCUUCUACCGUUUCCCCCCCCCUUCAACUUGCCCUGACUGGACCUUUCACACAAAUGCACCCACCAGCUGACCUCCGGUAGAUAGAUACGUAGUGGAUGAGAACGAAAGGCGUGACACAGACCCGCAUCGAAUUAGUUGAUGCCCAGCCGGACAAAGAAAACUAACCCGUUUCUCUUUACUGAACGACAACCAUCUCCGUAACCGAAGCUUUGAGCUUUGUCAUGGCUUACCCUCAGCGCCCAGCGCAGAGGCCUCCACCCGUGCGAAACUACGGCCCUCGUCCCUCUCGGCCCGCAGGCCCGCCGCAAGACGGGUAUUUUGACCAGGGUUAUGAUUACGGUUACGACAGCGGCCCUUACCCACCUGGUAGUGGAGGCUAUGACGAUGCAGGAUAUGGUUAUCCGGGUGAUCAAGCGGUCCCGAGAUCAUAUGGACCCCCACGAGGUGCUCCACGUCCACCUCGGGGAGGCUAUGGUCCUCCCAUGGAGUCACGACCUGAUCGCGGAUAUGCGCCAAGAGGUCAACCACCGCCAAAUCGAUACGAUGCGCCUCGCGGCUAUGGUGACAGGCGAGUGCCGCCAAGGCAAGAUCGCUCAAGGCCUCCCCCCCGUCCUAUGCCGCCCGCCUCCAACGCAACAUGGGACAACCCGUUCCCGAUGUUUCCUUCCCAGGAGCCACGCAGCCGGUCCGGCUCAACCUCAACAGGAAUUGAGACUGGAAUGGCGAGAAUGGAUCUAAAUGCGCCAAUGUCGCCCGUAACGAUGCCAGACCGUCCACAUACAUCGCACGGACGACGGCAGGAGAUGCCUCGACAGCCGCCCCCUGGUUCCGCUGGACGAGGUAGGGGAGACUACCCUGUUGGCCCCGUAAGGUCUGCGAGCCAAGGGCGCCCGUCGACCGGACGGUCUGAUCGGAGUGAGCGGAGCGAGCGAUCUUAUACCGACCCUAAUGGACCCCCGCCGAUACCACAUAUCAACAGAAGCGCAACCAUGCCUGUUACAGCUGCGCCGACAAUGGCACCACCGGUGGCCCCGCCUGUGGCUAAGCCAAUGUAUCCCGGACAGGCAACAUACCAAGACCCCACAUUUGCCACAAAGGCCAAUGCACACAAGUCUCUUCAUGUCGACGCCUUACUAGAUAGCUAUUAUAGCACGGCCCAUGCGGAUGAACCCGACAUGCCUAAUUUCGAUGCUAUGCCGGAUGGCGGCCACGGUGGUGCAUUCGACGAAAGUUUACCCGGAUUAGAGCAACCGAAACCAAAAACACCUGCUCCUUCCGCUCCCCAGGGCCAGUAUGCGGCAUUCAGCUCGCAGCCGACCGAAGUUCAUCAUGUUCAAUCUCAGCCGGAGGUGAGGCCAGGGGUUGUGCCAAAUCAGUUCGAGAAUGCAGGGUUUCACUUCGACCUCCCUGCGUCAGCACACGCUGCCCAGCACCAGGAGGGGAUGGAUUACGGAUUCGGUUAUGAAGAUCCGAUGCAGACUCCGCACCAACAACAGCAUGGUAGCUGGGGGUCGCAAAUGAAUGCAUACCCCGAUGGCCAGACUGGGUACGCAAGCCGCGAUGGCUCUAUUCGCAGCAAUGGACCUCCUCAGCCGUACCGGGCCAACCAGCUCGCAUAUGCGAAUGAAGCGCCACCACCAGCAGUGAAUCAGAUGGACCCGGUAGAUCCCGAGCAAAACCCCGAUGCGCUACCUCAUCAUCCGGCGCCUUUCCGGCCCGGGCACGAUCAGGGUAACAAACCAGCACCUGUACGCCAGUACAACAGCGCGGCUGACUCCGCACCGCCUCCUGCUGUUGCGCAGCAAGGCCCUCCGGUUGAUUCACCCGCCGGACCCGUGACGCAAGAAGAACUUCAACAAUUGCAGCGGGUGGUCAAGAGCAAUCCGUCGGACAAGAAGACCCAAUUGUUACUCGCCAAGAAGCUGGCCGAGGCCUCGGUGGUACUGGUUGAGAGUAGUCGAUUAGAUCCCAAGUCCAAGGCGAAAGCGAAGGAAAAGUAUGCGAUGGAUGCGUACAAAAUCGUCAAAAAGCUUGUGUCCAGCGGAUACGCUGACGCGCAGUUUUUCCUGGCGGACUGCUACGGUCAAGGAUUAUUGGGUCUUCAAGUUGAUCACAAGGAGGCUUUCCACUUGUACCAGGCUGCUGCCAAGCAAGGGCAUGGACAGUCGGCAUACCGCACGGCUGUGUGUUGCGAAAUUGGCGCGGAAGAAGGCGGCGGCACCAAACGGGAUCCGUUCAAGGCAGUACAUUGGUAUAAGCGUGCUGCAUCCUUGGGGGACCCACCAGCGAUGUACAAGAUGGGAAUGAUUAUGCUUAAGGGGCUUCUCGGCCAAGCCAAGAACCCUCGCGAGGGUAUCUCAUGGCUGAAGCGUGCCGCAGAACGGGCCGAUCCCGAGAACCCACACGCACUGCAUGAACUUGCGCUCAUGUAUGCCAAUGCGGGUCCGAAUGACAUCGUCAUUCGUGAUGAGGCGUAUGCUAGUCAACUGUUCCAUCAAGCUGCCGAACUAGGGUAUAAGUUCUCCCAGUUCCAAUUAGCCACCGCUUACGAGUAUGGGUUGCUGGGGUGCCCCGUGGACCCCCGGCAGAGUAUCUUUUGGUAUACUCAUGCGGCAGCGCAGGGCGAGCAUCAAAGUGAGCUUGCCCUGAGCGGAUGGUAUCUGACUGGCGCGGAGGGGAUUCUGCAGCAGAGCGACACGGAAGCUUACCUCUGGGCACGCAAAGCCGCCACUUCCUGUCUUGCAAAGGCAGAAUAUGCGAUGGGCUACUAUACCGAAGUUGGAAUCGGUGUCACCGCCAAUAUGGAGGAUGCUAAGCGAUGGUAUUGGCGAGCAGCGGCUCAAGGAUUCCCGAAAGCCCGCGAACGGCUUGAAGAACUCAAGAAGGGUGGAGCUCGGAUGCAGAAAGCUCGACUUUCUCGGUCUGGUGCCAACCAACAGAAGCAAAACGAAGGCGACUGCAUUCUCAUGUGAAGUCAGAACGGGGGGUGUUUAUAGAUUUAAUGUCUGAUGCACGAACAUUUUCUUUUCUUUUAUAUCCCAUUUGCAUUAUCUUUAUUUUCUUUCGGCCCGGUUGGAAAUAAUAUUCUGCACAUGGUUGAAAUGUUGGAUAUGGAAGACUUGACGAAUACCAUAUGAUGUAUACCCCAUAACUUAUGUGCUUGCAGAACAUAGAGCGAGAUUCCAAAGAAACUAAUACUAAUAUAA